CUUUCAGAGAUUCGGCUGUUUGGACAACUGACUCUCAUGCUGCCUUACCAGAGGGAAUCCGGUUUUGCACCUUACAUGGCACCACUUUUUCUAAGCAGGGAAAUAUCAGGCUGAGUGGAUGGUAGAAAUGUGAGCAUUUGUGCGUAGAAGAUUUACACCAUUAUAACCCUAAUGUAUUCCUGCAGAGUAACAACACAGCCUACCUAAUGUACAAUGAUGGCGUCCCUAAAUCCAUGAAUUACGGCUCCAAGUAUGGACACACCAAAGGUGUAUUGCUGUGGAACAGAGUCCAGGGGUUCUGGCUGAUUCAUUCUAUUCCCCUGUUUCCUCCGAUUCCUGGAGAAGGCUAUGAUUAUCCACCCACAGGGAGACGAAACGGACAAAGUGGCAUCUGCAUAACUUUCAAGUACAACCAGUAUGAAGCCAUAGAUUCUCAGCUCUUGGUCUGCAACCCAAACGUCUACAGCUGUGCCAUCCCAGCCACCUUUCACCAGACGUUCAUCCACAUGUCCCAGUUGUGCAGCAAAUCCAGCUCCUCGGAGAUCCCUGGCAGGCAUGUCACCAAACUUCAGUCAGCCCAGGGACAAAAUUUCCUCCAUUUUGCAAAACCUAACUCUUUUCUUGAUGAUAUCUUUGCAGCCUGGAUGGCUCCACAGCUGAAGACACACUUGCUAGCUGAAACCUGGCAACGUACAGGACAAGAGCUUCCUUCAAACUGCUCCCUCCCUUACCAUGUCUAUAAUAUCAAAGCGAUUAAGUUGUCUCAAAAGGCUUAUUUCACCUCUUCUCAGGAUCAUUCCAAGUGGUGUAUUUCCCAAAAGGGCACCAAGAAUCCCUGGACAUGCAUUGGAGACAUAAACCGGAGUGCAUCCCAAGCCUUUAGAAGUGGAGGAUUCAUUUGUACCCAGAAUCAGCAUAUUUAUAGAGCAUUUCAAGGAUUAAUUUUAUCUUACGAAAAGUGUGUCUAAAUAUGGUAAAGUACACAAAGGGUACUAUCCUUGAAAACAUUGAUAAUUGGUCUUGUUCCACUGGAGUCAUUCUUUAUAUAUGAUAUAAUCUACAUAUCAUAAAAUAAAACACGUUUCU